GGCCGCGGAAAGGCGCCGCGCCGGCGUCCCGCGGGCGGGCGGGCGGCCCUGACGGCCUGGCCGGGCCCAGGGGGGCGCGCGCCCCAGUCACCCAGCCGUCGUCCUCCGAGCAAGCAGCACGCCGAGACCAGGCCUACACCCGGCUUAGCACCAGGAACGUGUCCAAAGAUGCCGGUGCUCCACGGGUUCAAAGGAAGCCCACCAUGCAGGGCCGCCCUCCUGGCUGGCAAGGCCGUCGGCGUCGACCUGGAGCUGAGGGUCGUCAACAUCAUGGCGGGCGAGAACCGCACGCCCGAGUACUUGGAGAUGAACCCCCGUCACACCAUCCCGGUUCUGGACGAUGACGGUUUCUACUUAUCUGAAAGCCGAGCCAUCAUGUGCUACCUCGUGGACAAGUACGGCGCCGACGACGACCAGCUCCUCCCCAAGGACCCGCAGCAGCGCGCGGGCGUCCUGGAGAAGCUGAUGUUCGACCAGGACCUCUGGGCACGCGUCCUCGGCCACUACACCUUCGCCUGGAUCUUCCUUGGGGGCGAGAAGGACGAGUCCAAGUUGCAGGCAGUGCACGACGCCUUCGGCUUCCUGGACAAGUACCUCGAGUCCAGCGACUGGGUUGCGGGCGACAACAUGACGCUGGCCGACCUGGCUCUCGCCGUGACCGUGAACCAGACCGAGACGGCGUUUGGGUACAGCUUGGAGCCGUACCCCAACAUCACACGUUGGCUCGAAACUUGCAAGAGCGACAUUCCCGGCUUCGAGGAUAUCGAGAUGGACGGCCUCGCGGUCUUCAGGGAGCUGACCGGGAAAUAAUCCAGCACAGCAGCAGCUGCAGCCUAAAGAGAUUAAAAACAGCACAAGAAAAAUAAUCAUUUAUAGAACUUAAAUCACAUUGUAUUCUUCAGAAUUGAACGAAUUGUCUAAAUAGCUGUUUAAAUUCAUUGAUGCUUGUUUUUUGUCACAGUAAUGGAGUUUUAUCAUAGAUGUUAUUGUUUUCCGUGUGCCGAACAAAGUUUUUCAUGAAACACCUGCUUAGGAAACCUUAAGAUUAAGAACCACAACUUGCCACACUCAGUAUUUUCGGCAUCUGGCCGCUAUGCCUUACGGCAGGCCAUGGACGCAAGAAAGCUAUCCAAGAUUGAGAACAUAAUACAAAGUACGAUGCAAUGUGUAUGUUUAAAAUGUAGAGUAGAAGAGUGCAUACGUGUCAGCAAUCUGUUAACAACAAUAAUAUGCCGUCGUAAUAAAGAAACCAAACUUGAUCCCGA